UUGUGGCCGUUCACAGUGGUCCGAGCUUAUAAUUCUAUUGUGUGUGUUCUAGGGCUCCUCCUCGUUUCUCUCUCUCUCUCUCGCCAUAGCCAGGGCUCCCAUCCAUCGAUCGAUCAGGCAAAGAAGAUGCAGACGCGAAGCCGGCGAGCUCUUGGCGACAUCGGCAAUCUCGUGCGGCCUCCGCCGCAGCAAGGCGCGGAGCUGAGCAAGCCGCCGCUCACCAGGCGCCGGGCGCAAGCAAUCAAGGCCGCUGGCGCCGGCGCCGCGGCAGUGAAGCCCCCGGUCCCGACGCUGCCUAUCCGGAAGGAAAAGGAGCCGACGCUCACAGCGCAGCUCACUGCUCGUAGCGAGGCAGCAUGCGGAUUCGACGCGGAGAUGGUGGACGCUACCUCUACGCCCGUCGCCGAGGAGCCUCUUCCAAACAUCGACGAGCACGACGUGGGGAAUCAAUUGGCGGUCACGGACUACGUCGAGGAUAUCUAUAGCUUCUAUCGCAAGGCCGAGGUACAGAGCUGUGCGGCGCCCGAGUAUAUGAAGCAGCAACCGGAGAUCAACGAUAAGAUGCGCGCGAUACUCGUCGACUGGUUGAUCGAGGUCCAUCUCAAGUUUAAGCUCAUGCCGGAAACACUCUACCUCACGAUCAACAUCAUCGACCGCUACCUCUCGCUACAGCAAGUCUCGAGAAAGUAUCUCCAGCUCGUCGGAGUGACUUCGAUGCUUAUCGCGGCCAAGUACGAGGAAGUCUGGGCCCCUGUGGUUGGCGACUUUGUAUUUAUUUCCGAUGAUGCCUACACCGAUGAUCAAUUACUGUCCAUGGAAAAGAAGAUGCUCAACACGCUGCGUUUCAACCUGACUGUCCCGACGCCUUACGUAUUCGUGGUGCGAUUUCUCAAAGCAGCUGCCUCCGACCGACAGAUGAACUUGCUCGCCUUCUUCUUUGUGGAGCUCUGCCUUACGGAGUACGUGAUGCUCAAGUACCCUCCAUCGAUGCUAGCUGCCGCUGCCGUGUACGCGGCUCAAUGCUGCCUGGAGAAAUCCCCGGCCUGGACCUCAGCGCUCCAGCGCCACUCGGGCUACACAGAGGAUCAAAUCAGGGAAUGCGCCACGCAUAUGGCACGCUUCCACCAGAAAGUCUCCAAGACUCCCGAGGAGCACUUGUCCGUGGUGGGAAGGAAGUACUUGCACACGAAGUUUGGGACGGUGGCCGCAUUGACGCCCCCGAAAUCGCUACUGCUGCUCCCGCAAUGAGGCUAAGUUAAAGGAAGGAAAGCUCCCCCAGUCACACAAGUGAGUGGUGACAGACAACGCUCGAAAAGUCGUCACACGCGAACGAGAGAGGAGGAAAGCUCAAACGAAGAACAAAAGAAAAGAAGAGGAGAAGCCGCGCUGCUAAGCUACUGGCUUGCUGCUGUAAGUAGAGAGAGAUAGAUCAUAGAUGAUAGAGUGAGAGAAAGAAGAUCAUUGAGAGAAAUCUUUACAGUCCCUUGAGCGCUCGCAAAGAGAGAGAGCAUGGAGGCCAUCGACAUUGAUUGUCAUUUUUAAAAGCUAUUUAAAUCUAUCUUAUUUGUUCGCAAAGAAA